GUCACCUUUGCGCAGGAAGCAGAACUACCAAAAAUCCAAUCCCGGAACAACGCCAAACAUCCUAAUCACCCCUGAUAAUUCAACACACCACAAUUACCCUUCUCAGUGAUGCUUCCUUCUUCGCCAACCCCCGUUGCUCGCUCGUCGUCUUCUUAUUCUGUUGCGGUGGCGGCGACUUCGUUGGAAUACUAGGAGCAACAAGAAACGCAAGUAGAACAAUAGCGGUAGUGGGUUCGAUUGAAACCGCCCGCUCCUUGAGGUAAGAAAUGGGAUUCUCGAAAGCUGAAGGGUCUUAUUUUAUCGACUGCAAAGAUCUGGAUUUAAGGAAAAACCUAGCCAGAUUCAGGUCAGAGGAACAAACUAAUGGGGAAAACAAAUGAUCUCCUUGACAAAUCCCUAGCCGAGAAUAGAGAAAUGAUAGGGAGUUGGGGUUCCAAUGCCCACCGUCUUGUGGAGAAGAGUCGCAGACUAGAAAUCGAGGUUGAAUCGCCAUAUGCUGAGCGCAAAUCUAAAAUCGGGGAGAGACUCAACCAGUCCAAUAUGGCGGCGGAAGCGAUCUGGCGAGUGAAGGAGAAGAAGAUGCUGGUGCACCAGGAAGAUGAAGAGGAUCAGGUAGUUGUUGUGGAGCGGAGGGUGAUUCGGGUCUAAUUGUACACUUUUUAUCCCCGAUUCUCUUUGAAAUUUGUUGCAAUUGAACUCCAAAAAGGUUGGUUUUACGCAAGGUUGUUUGUGUUUUAGUGUAUUUCAGAUCCUAACAGGUAAAACCAAACCCGGAGUCGAAAGUUGGAAGAAAAGGAGCAAAGACCGGGCAAAGAGUGGAGACAGCGGCUGUUCAUGGCCAGACGUUGGAGUUCACAGUCUUAUAGGACCGUGAACUGGAGCCAUGACCCAUGAAGCGAGGAGGAAACAGAGGAGGUUUUCACUUUUCAGGUUACUGACGCCCAGGCUGCUCACGGUCGCUAAGACCGUAAACCCGAGCAAAUGAAGCGGUGCAUUUUGG